AUGAUGCUCGAAAGGGCCGUCAACACCACGGAAAAUCAUCGAGAUCAGUACACGAUCAAGGACCGAGUAGCUGUAGAGAACGCGAUCGACGCUUUAGAAAAGGCUGAAAUCGACCUGAAGACGCUGAUCCAGCUCAGAAUUGGGCAAUUGGUGAACAACGUCCGCCGCAAGUUGAAGAAAGAUGACAGUGAUUUAAAAAAGCGAAUGCGCAGCCUUGUCCAGAAGUGGCAGAAAGUGAUGAUGGGUCAGGACGACGGAACGAAUGGAACGAUCGCUACUGACCAGAACCAGGCGCCGCCGUCCGCCGCACAGGAAGCGAGGAAAAGGGAAGAGGAGUUGAGAAUGCGGCUCAUGAAGAGCAACUCGCCAGUGAUGCCAAACGGAAAGGCGACGAAUGGAAAUGGAAACAAAAAGAAAACUUCGGCGAAGCGAAAAGCCAAAAAGCGAACCGACGAGCUGAAAGACGAAAGCAUAAAAUCCUCCCCUCGCGGGUCGCCGACGAAUGGCUCGCGCUCGCGGAGUCCGAUGAUCAACUUGCCGCUGCUCGACACGGUGGAUCGCGAUUCCACUGGCGGCGGGCGGCUGACCCCGCACGACUCGGCUCCCAGCUCGCCGGUGCGAAAGCGUCCCAAGUCCCGCUCCAACACUCCUAACUUAUCAAACCUAUCAAACUUAUCCAAACUCGAGUAUUCUGAAUCAAACUCAACCCCGUCGUCAACGCCGCCAGAAAUUACUUCUAGUCAUCCGCACCAGCCACCGAGUAUAGCUAGAGUGGAGGAUGAGGCGAGGGUGCCUUCUACUGCCAAUCCUAGCUCGAAUUCAAAGCAAAACUCAAAUGAGUCAACCACGCCGCAGUUCUCCGACCAGCCACGUUUUAUCCCUUCUGUGAGUAUAUCCGAUAAUGACCCUCCGCCCAAAACAGAUGAUGACACAUCCGCACCGCAAGAAGAGGAUGUCGAAAAAGCGGCCAACGAGGAUACAGAAUGGGCAGGCGUGUCCGGCGUCCGAGACAUACAAGGGAAUUUCCACAGGUGGCACGAUGAGAUUUCACUUGAGCCCGAAGGCACCGAGCCCUUCCUUCACAUCAUGCCUUACGUGGACCUAGACUUAAACCUGCUCUAA